AUGGCUGGCUCUGUUGAUAUGGUCGGUGGCGGAGGCCGUUCGGAAAAGGUGAAGGUUGCCGCGACCUGUUUGCUUCUCGCGGCGGUGGGAAUAUCGCUGUGGGGACUGUAUUUCGGCGACGGAGAAGCGAAGCAAUGGCGGGGGAUGUUGAGAAGGAAGAAGAAGAAGGCAAUCAGGGUUUACAUGGACGGCUGCUUCGACAUGAUGCACUACGGGCACUGCAACGCCCUCCGCCAGGCGAGGGCUCUCGGCGACGAGCUGGUGGUCGGGGUGGUGAGCGACGCGGAGAUCAUUGCGAAUAAAGGUCCGCCUGUGACUCCUCACCAUGAGAGGAUGGUGAUGGUGAAGGCGGUGAAGUGGGUUGAUGAAGUUAUUGCAGACGCUCCUUAUGCAAUCACGGAGGAAUUCAUGAAAAAGCUGUUUGAAGAACACAGCAUCGACUAUAUUAUCCAUGGUGACGACCCAUGUGUUCUUCCCGAUGGGACAGAUGCCUAUGCCCUUGCCAAGAAGGCUGGCCGUUACAAACAGAUCAAGCGCACUGAAGGGGUGUCGACAACUGACAUAGUUGGACGGAUGCUGCUGUGUACGCGAGAAAGAUCCGUUUCUGAGACCCGCCAAAGUCAUUCAUCCCUGCAAAGACAAUUUAGCCACGGUCACAGUCAGAAAUUUGAAGAAGGUGGAACUGGCAGUGGCACUCGCGUUUCUCAUUUCCUCCCUACUUCUCGUAGAAUUGUUCAAUUUUCCAACGGAAAGGGCCCUGGUCCGCAUGCUCGUAUAGUUUACAUCGACGGCGCAUUUGACCUUUUUCAUGCUGGACACGUUGAGAUUCUUAGGAUUGCUCGAGGGCUUGGAGAUUUUCUUCUUGUUGGGAUUCAUAAUGACCAGACUGUCAGUGCCAAAAGGGGAACACAUCGUCCGAUCAUGAAUCUGCAUGAAAGAAGCCUAAGUGUGUUGGCUUGUCGUUAUGUAGAUGAAGUGAUCAUUGGUGCUCCUUGGGAAAUUUCUAAAGACAUGAUCACAACAUUCAAUAUAUCUUCUGUUGUUCAUGGUACCGUGGCGGAGAACAACGACUUUGAAAAGGAAGAAAGCAACCCUUAUGCUGUUCCAAUCAGUAUGGGCAUCUUUAAAGUGCUGGAUAGCCCUCUCGAUAUUACAACGACCACAAUAAUUAAGAGGAUCGUAUCCAAUAAUGAAGCAUACCAGAAACGCAACGAAAAGAAGUCACAGAGUGAACGAAGGUAUUACGAGGAUAAGACUCAUGUAUCCGGCGACUGA